AUGGCAACGAACCACUUGUUACACUGCUACAUGCAUCACGAUACAGCGUUACAUACGAGCAUUAUAGUCGCGUUAAUAAAAAUGAAACCCAGACAACAGCUGCUGGCUGUUGGCGUGCAGCAACUACCACAGGGUGACAAUGACAAUGACGAUGAGGAUAACGAUCAGGAUGAUGAUAAGGAUGACGAUGAGGAUGAAGACAAUGAUGACAAUGUUGCCGAUGGUGGCGACAGUAAAGAUGCUAACUAUGAUGACAAGGAUGCCAAUGACGAUAAUGACGGUGAUGACGAUGAUGGUGAUCAUGGUUAUGAUGACUGA